AACCACAGGCCUGGGUGGAGCUGGCCUUGCAACUGAAACACCAUCAUUUGGCAACAGAUUGAAGAUAAUUAUCUCUCUGUAGUUGUUGUUGACACCAAUACUCGUCCGCUGUUUGCAAGAUGAAUUGGAUUGACUAAUUGUCUCGUGAAUCUUUGGGCUUUGCUGACACAAACACUGACAUCAACCGUUCAUUACUUCAUCCUCUGUCCAGUGACUAUUACAGAAAUACAGAAGUAGCAGCUUAACUUUAUGUGUGUGCAUCAGAGUGUGUGUGUGUGCGUCUGUGUGUGUGUGUGUGUGUUAUCUUAAAACAGUUCUUGUUUCACACAGUACGUCUCUGGGAGUAUGAGGAAGUAAGCUUGCAGUGGAUGUCUUUUAGGUCGCUGGCUGCCGACUGUCCUGCUUUGUGAUGGCUGCAGUCUGAGGAGCUCAAUCUGUGGAUUUUUACAACACACACACACACACACAAACAGAGCCACACACACACACUCUCUGGACAGUGGACACCUGAAGCAGGACCGGGGGAGGAGAGACCAGCUGCAACGAUGGCUAAGUACCAUUGGCAGAGUCAAAAUGUGAAGCAAAGCGGCGUGGACGACAUGGUCCUGCUGUCCAAGAUCUCUGAGGACGCCAUUGUGGAAAACCUCAAGAAAAGAUACAUGGACGACUACAUCUUUACGUACAUCGGCCCGGUGUUGAUAUCAGUUAACCCGUUCAAACAGAUGCCCUACUUCACUGACAGAGAAAUUGAACUUUACCAAGGAGCUGCCCAAUAUGAGAACCCGCCCCACAUCUACGCCUUGACUGAUAACAUGUACAGAAACAUGAUGAUUGAUGGAGAGAAUCAGUGUGUCAUCAUUAGUGGCGAAAGUGGUGCUGGAAAGACGGUGGCUGCCAAGUACAUCAUGGGUUACAUCUCCAAAGUAUCUGGAGGAGGAUCAAAAGUUCAGCAUGUGAAAGACAUUAUCCUGCAGUCAAAUCCUCUGCUGGAAGCCUUUGGUAACGCCAAGACCGUCCGCAACAACAACUCUAGUCGUUUUGGGAAAUACUUUGAGAUUCAGUUCAGUAGAGGAGGAGAGCCAGACGGCGGAAAAAUCUCAAACUUCCUGCUGGAGAAGUCAAGGGUGGUGAGCCAGAAUGAGAACGAGAGGAACUUCCACAUUUACUAUCAGCUGAUAGAGGGCGCCAGCGCUCAGCAGAAGGAGGGCCUGGGUCUUAUGACCCCAGACUACUACUACUACCUCAACCAGUCUGGGACCUACAAGGUGGAUGGAACCAAUGACAGCAAAGACUUUCAAGAGACUAUGGAAGCGAUGCACGUGAUUGGGAUCCCAGGCGACAUCCAGGCUCAGGUGCUACAGAUCAUUGCAGGCAUCCUCCACCUGGGAAACAUCAGUUUCGUAGAAGCAGGGAACUAUGGGCAGGUGGAGAGCACGGACUUGCUCGCCUUCCCUGCUUAUCUGCUGGGCAUCGACCCCAACCGUCUGCAGGACAAGCUGACAAGCCGAAAGAUGGAUUCAAAGUGGGGAGGAAAGUCUGAGUCCAUUAACGUGACAUUGAACCAGGAACAGGCCACCUACACACGAGACGCACUGGCCAAAGCCCUCUAUGCGCGUCUCUUUGACUACCUGGUGGAGGCCAUAAAUAAAGCCAUCCAAAAACCACAUGAAGAAUUCAGCAUCGGCGUCCUUGACAUUUACGGUUUUGAGAUAUUCAAGAAAAAUGGCUUUGAGCAGUUCUGUAUCAACUUCGUCAACGAGAAACUGCAACAGAUCUUUAUUGAACUGACCCUGAAGGCUGAGCAGGAAGAGUAUGUUCAGGAGGGCAUCAAGUGGACUCCCAUUGAGUACUUCAACAACAAGAUUGUGUGUGACCUUAUUGAAAAUAAAUUGAACCCUCCUGGUGUAAUGAGCGUGCUGGAUGAUGUGUGUGCCACCAUGCAUGCCAAAGGAGAAGGUGCAGAUGGCACUUUGCUGCAGAAAUUGCAGGCUGCUGUGGGAACACAUGAACAUUUCAACAGCUGGAACUCCGGCUUCGUCAUACAUCACUACGCUGGCAAGGUGUCGUACGAUAUAAACGGCUUCUGUGAGAGGAACCGGGAUGUGCUUUUCCCCGACCUCAUUGAGCUCAUGCAAAGCAGUGAAUAUGACUUCAUCCGUAGCUUGUUCCCUGAAAACCUCAACACAGAUAAGAAAAGCAGGCCGACCACAGCCAGCUCCAAGAUCAAGAGGCAAGCUAAUGAUCUGGUGAACACGCUGAUGAAAUGCACUCCUCACUAUAUCCGCUGUAUCAAACCAAAUGAGACAAAAAGACCUAAAGACUGGGAGGAGAGCAGGGUUAAGCAUCAGGUUGAAUACCUGGGACUGCGGGAAAACAUACGUGUAAGAAGAGCUGGAUUUGCGUACCGCAGAUUGUUCAAUAAGUUUCUGCUAAGGUAUGCCAUUCUGACAGCUGAGACAUGGCCGUGCUGGAGGGGUCCAGAGCAGCAGGGGGUCCUUCACCUCCUCCGUUCUGUCAACAUGGAUAACGACCAGUACCAGAUGGGACGCACCAAGGUCUUCGUCAAAAACCCCGAAUCGCUGUUUCUACUCGAGGAGAUGAGGGAGAGGAAGUUCGACACUUUUGCCAGGAUCAUCCAGAAGUCCUGGAGAAGAUACAUCGCCAGGAGGAAGUACGAACAGAUGAGAGAGGAGGCUUCUGACAUCCUGUACAACUCCAAAGAGCGGAGGAAGAACAGCAUCAACAGGAACUUUGUUGGAGACUACCUCGGUCUGGAGCAGAGACCUGAGCUCAGACAGUUUCUGUCCAAGAGGGAGCGUGUUGAUUUUGCUGAUUCUGUCAAUAAGUUUGACCGCAGGUUCAAGUCCAUCAAGAGAGAUUUGAUCCUGACCCCCAAGGGCAUCUAUCUGAUUGGUCGAGAGAAGGUGAAGAAGGGACCUGAGAAAGGACAGAUAAAAGAGGUGCUGAAACGAAAACUGGAGUUUGGAAGCAUCAGUGGUGUCUCUCUCAGUACGAGACAGGAUGAUUUCUUCAUCCUGCACGAGGCCCAGUACGACAGUCUGCUGGAGUCCAACUUUAAGACAGAGUUCCUCAGUCUGCUCUCUAAACGCUACGAGGACGUGAACAAGAGAAAACUGACAAUAUCCUUCACUGACAGACUAGAGUUCAGAGUGAAGAAGGAGGGCUGGGGUGGAGGAGGCUCCAGGGUGGUGGUGUUCCAGAGGGGGCAAGGUGACCUGGCCCAGCUCAAACCUGGAGGAAAGACCCUCACCAUCACAGUAGGGGACGGUCUACCGAAGUCCUCCAAGCCAACCAGGAAGAGUGCUCCACAGUCUCGUGGUGGCGGGAGAAAUCACAUGGCCAACAGAGCGCACCAGAAUGGAGCAGCCCCAUAUUCCAGAGGCCAUCACAAUCAACAACAAUCAGAUAUCACAUAUUCCACCCCGAACAAACAAGGCCGGCCACCCAGUGCAGCCCUGCCUAAACUGGGUUCCCAGAAGGCUCCCAGAGUCCCAGCCCACAACCAGUAUAACCAGGGAGACCAGGACUUCCUUAACGUGCCUGAUCAGGGCAUGUCAGGGAAGCAGAGGAAAAGGAGCAUCAGUAAGCGGCCCCCCCCUGCUCCUAAACCUCAGCCUCGCCCCCAGGGCCCCCAAUGCAAGGCGAUAUAUCAGUACAUCGGCCAGGACACGGACGAGAUCAGCUUCGAGGUCAAUGAUGUGAUAGACCUCAUCAAAGAAGAUCAAUCAGGCUGGUGGACGGGCAGGAUUCGAGGAAGGGAAGGUCUCUUCCCUGGUAACUAUGUGGAGAAGAUUUGACCAGGACUUGAUCGAUCCUGGUGGACAUAUCUUCAUCUAUUAAGAGAUACAUGUAAUUUGCUGAACCAGCAUAUACUGUUCGCUAAACAAACUGCCUGUGAAUUGUUCAUGGUUGUAUGGUAGAUCUUCACCCAUAAUGGAAACAAAGUUUUUCAGGAUGGACUCUGCUGACAUUUGAGCCUCAUAUAACUUGUUUGGCAGCGUGCUGUUGUACAAGUAAAGCACAGGAGACAUCGCUCUUAUGGUCAUGAUGGUUAAAACACAGAUCCACUGCAAAGAGCUGCUCAGGUUUCAUCUCCGUCCUUGUCUCGGACUGAAUAACCUAGCAACAAGAUCUUUUGCAACAGCCAUCUUUGAGCCAUCACACGACUGAAUAUAGCCUCCAGCUAAAGUUACAGUUCUGAUAAAAAAGUGACCUUGAAAUACUUCAUUGCUUCCUUGUGUCUAUAGAGUUUACUGUAGACGUUUUUCUCCAGAGUAAAAUCCAAUACUGCUCAGUAUUCAUGAUUAAGGCAAAAGCAAAAAAUCAAGUAAUGGUAUACAUUUGAAGAUUUAUUGAAUAUGUGAACUUAAAGUGAACUUAAAUGUUAUGUUUGCACUUGCUUCCGACUAAUCAAAUAGUUUUUUCACUUUAAACAAACAUUUAGAUUUUCUGUUCAUGACUCUUUACUGAUAUCAAUGGCAUUUCUUUGUAUGUUAUCACCUCAUUAAAAACAAAUUAAAUAUAUUUUCAUAUUUUUUUUACCUCAAGGAUGUUUUCACUGUCCUACAAUUGGUAAGAGCAUCUAUGUUACUGAAGACUUUUUGAAUAUGUAAACACAAAGGAGUGACUGCAUAAUUUGAAAGUGUUUAUUUCUGUGCCUUUUUUUUUUUUUGCAAAUCUUUGAAUUUGUGGUCUUGUCAAAAAUGUGAUGUUUUUCACAGUCAACAUAUAUUUUUGUUUAUGAAGAAAAUAGUAAAAAAAUAAAG